AUGGACCGCGCGGCACUGGCCGGCGCGGCGCCCCCGAGCGAGCUGCCAGACGAUGCAGCGCUCGCCUUCAUGCUGGCAGAGGCGCCGCCCGGCUCCGCCGCCGCAGCCGCAGCCGCCGCCGCAGCCGCGGCCGGCGACGGCGGCGCGCCGGGCGGCCAGCAGCAGCCGGUGGUGUCGGCGGUGGCGGCGGCAGCGGGUGCGGCAGCCGCAGGCGUCCGCGUAUGGGUGAAGGCAGAGCCUGACGGCUUGGCGCCGGGUGCGGCCACGCCGACCCAUGUGGCCCCUCCAACGGUGCCUGCCCCUGUGGCCAGCCUGCCUGCCGGCAGCAGUGGCUGCCCUCAGGCUGCUCAGCAGCAGCCUGGAGGCGGCCGCGGCUCUGGGCACGUCGAAGCUCCUGCUGCUGCUGUCCCUCCUGUGCGAGGAUCCGAGGCGUUAGGCAAGCGCAACAGCACAGAGCAGGUCAACUGGGGCGAGAGCCCCCUUGCCAUUUCGCUGCGCCUCCUGGCAGAGAACCAGGUCGCAGCGUCGCGUGGCCGGCCGCCGCCGGCGCCGGCGCCCGCUCACGGGACACCGACGCUCCAGCCCGCUGACACGCACAGCGGCGGCGGCAGCGGCGCCCUGCCCGCGACCCCCGCAUCCGGCUCCAAGCGCGCCGCGCCGCCCGGCGACCAGGAGCUGCCGCCCGCCGUGCGGGUCAAGGCUGACCCAGAGGCCACAGAUGGCGCGGGCACGGGCAUUGACGGCGGCCACGCCGGCGCCGCCACCGGCGCCAUCAAGCCGCCCCAGCCUGACCCUCUGCAGGAGGUGCCCGCGCAGUGUGCUGCUGUCGCAUCAGAGCUCCGCGCCGUGCUCUUCGACGGCGCCGCAGCGCCGUCUGGAGCCGGGCCCUCUGGCGCCUCGACAUCGAGCGGCGCGGGCGGUCAGCCUCCCAAAUCCCGCAUGGCUGGCCCCGAGAUGUCGCGGCUGUGGGACAAGGAGCUGCGGGAGCUGGAGGCGGGCAGCGCCGGCAUGCCGCGCGUCAUUAUUGGCGUCGUGGGGGACACGGGGUCAGGCAAGAGCAGCCUGCUCAACGCGCUCCUGGGAGAGGACAACAUACUGCCGACCAACGGCAUGCGUGCCUGCACAGCAAGCGUGAUUGAGGUGUCUUACGCGGCGACAGGCCGCUACGUGGCCGAGAUCGACUUUGUGUCGCGCGAGGAGUUUGACCAGCUGCUCACGCAGGCCCUGGAGGACCUCAAGGCACGAUGA